AAAUCGAUCAGGACACUUGGCAUGUUACCUGGUUCACUACCGCUGACUUGGAAGAUGAUGUUGUAAAUAAAGAAAAUAAACCAGAGUUCAACGAAAAACAGUUAUAUGUUAUGCGUAAAAAUAGAAAAUUUGCGUGUCCAUGCAGUUUCAAUGUAAUCAGUGAUCAUGAAUGUCAAGAUAUUGUAGUCCAAGAUCCAAUUGCAAAG